ACAUACACCGCCCAAUCCACCACACGUACCAGCAUAUCCCCUGUUUUUCAUCUGUGCUCCCAUUCCCACAUAUGGAAUGGCUGGGGAUUGAUUUUUUGGGAGCGCUGAGUAAUUUCACCUCACUGUAGAUUCACAAGCAAUUAUGUAUGGGCAGAGCGCUGUAGUACCUUUCCACGGGCAUGCAAUUCAAAUGUGCCGGACGACCCUAUCGUGGAUUCACGCAGGCCAUAACUCAUAACUGACAUAGGUUGAACUGAGAUAGCAGUAUUUUUAGCCGUACACUGGACCUUGGGGAUUGAAAAUGUCGUGGUUUUGUGUUGCAAACGACCCGGACUACUAUAGCUUGGACUGCUGUAAGUAUCGCUGCCCAUCCGUCCCCCACGCCGUGUGCGUGCAUCAGAAAGACUCCCCCCAAGGCCAACAGUCCACGCUGGGGAACAAGAUCCGCAGUGGUGUGGGGAAGGGGGUGGAGGCCAUCCAGCGGAAGAUCACCCUGAGCAAGUCCCAGUCCAGCCUGGGGAAGCUGCAUGUCCGCCGCAAGAGCAGCGACGAGGGCAGCGAUGGGACACAGAAACCACAGGUGGAGAAGGAUGUGGACAAGUUGCACCUCUCCCAGAAAGUGGUCAUCAACGCCCUGACGUACCUGGAGGCUGUGGUGGACAAGAACAUCCUGGAGAACGUGCCGGCAACGGCUAGCGAGGUGCUGCAGACGGUCAUGGAGCUGUACAGCACACUCAACUCAUGUCUCAUCAAGGAACAAAGUUCUGUGAUCAUGUCGUGCCAUAACCAAGUGUACCAGAGCCUGGCCAACCUGAUACGCUGGUCCGACCAGGUGCUGCUGGAGGAGGGGGAGAUCUCCAACAAGGAGGCCGCCAACGAGGUCAUCCAUGCAGUCGUGGAUGGAGUCAAGGAACUGGUACAGUUGUCUAUCGAGAGAUUACAGGACAAGUCCAUGCCCCGCUCCAGAUCAACAACAGAAGUUUCUCCCACCAAGGCUAUCAGUCCCAAUGGCCAUAGGUCCUCACUAGGAGAAAUCCCGCUGAGCCCUCGCGAGAAAGAGAUCGUGCAACAGACCUCUCCCAUCGCCAGGUCGACAGAAAGCUUGAUGUCGACCAGCUCCUCCGAAACAUCGGGGGAUGAACCGCCACCGAAGCCAGCUUUGCCACGGGACAGGGUCUUAAUCAAUGUGGACAGCCACCUCCCCCGACCCCCCCGGUAACACCUCCAACCGCUCCAGUCUGCAUGACAGUGACUCCACAGACUCCGCUUCCACUAACCGAGGCAGUAUGGCCAGUCAGGACUCUCUGUUUGGCGACCGGAGUCCCGCUAACACUCUUGACACUUCGGCCAGUGCAAUGGGGGCCGCAGACUCUCCUCCAAAGUUGCCGAAAAAAUUGCGAAAGCACACAACUCCGCAUGGCAGUUACGAUAACUUGUUACAGGACAGUUUCUUGGGGUCUGACGGCCCGUUCUCGCAUCACGUUGGUAGUCCGCAUGCUCAAACGAGUGGUUUUUCCCAGCAUGCCUCGUUGCAGCCUAUGCCUUCCCAGAAUGCUCUGUGUGGUAGCAGGUCACCUGACCCAGAUGUUCCACCACCGCUACCAAUGAAAAAGAAGCACAUUCAAGCAUACAUCCACAUGUUUGGGGACUACUCUGAGCCGAGCCCAAAUUUCUUCUACUCCGCCCAUCAGGGCCUGGGUUACAAUGGACUUGAAAUGUCUCCUUAUGAUAACCUGAGUCCCUGUAUGGAGACCUCGCCAUACGACAAUGUGCAAUACAACACAGAGCAACCCGCCGGAAGUUUUAAUUCCGCUGGAAACAUCUUCAGAUUUUCCCACUUAACGCCGGAAGGACAAGCUGGAAACGGAAACGUACCUGUAGAAGCCCCAGCCCUCCCCCCGAAAAGAAAACAUUUAGACAAGGAUAACAGACGACACUACACGUCACACGGCCUCCCCUCCCCGCCCAUGUACGAGACCCCUUCCAGAGACAAGUCCAUCAGUCUGAUAGAACCCUCUCCGACAAGUGCUAGUUUGGAAGACAGACCGGGCACCCCUAAAGAGGUGGAGGACAAAGGAGACACCACCGCCAAGCCCAACACACUGGACUCCUUGGAUGUGUCUGACAAGUUAGUUUUCAAGAAAGAGGUGGGUUACCCCAGGAAAUACCACACGAUGCCCAAAACAAAAGGAGAAGAUGGACCUGACCUUAGGGGGGGUUCCAUGGAUGUGCUGAUAGUGCACGCUACUGGAGCUGACAAAAAUGACUUGAUGUUCUACGAAGCAUUCCUGACUACCUACAGAACCUUCAUCACACCCAAGAGCCUCAUCGACAAACUGCUCUACAGAUAUAACAAGUUCCGUCACAUGUCCGACAACACCAGAAAAAGAGCCAGUCGGAAUGCCUUCUUCUUGUUGGUCAGAGUGGUGGAUGAGCUGUGUAUUGGUGAGCUGACAGAAGAGAUAAUCCAGAUCCUGAUGGACCUGGUGUUCAAGCUGCUGUGUGACGGGGAGCUGGUUCUGGCUAAGCUACUGCGGAACAAGAUGCUGAACAAAUGUGACCAGAGAAAACAGCUGGCCCUCAACAACAAUUUCUCUCCACUGUCAGCGCUCAGUGUCUCUGUGAAGCGUGCCAGUUUGUUUGACUUUAAGGGAGAGGAGUUAGCAGAACAGAUGACUCUCCUGGAUGCCGAGGCCUUCCAGAAGAUCGAGAUUCCUGAGAUUCUGGCCUGGGCCAAGGAGCAGUCUGAGGAGCUUAGUCCGAACCUUACAACAUUCACAGAGCACUUCAACAAGAUGUCUUACUGGUGCAGAUCAUGUAUCCUCACACAGCCCAAGGCCCAGGACAGAGAGAAACUGGUCAACAGAUUCAUAAAGAUUAUGAAGCAUCUUCGCCGAUUCAACAACUUCAACUCGUACCUGGCUAUCCUGUCAGCACUGGACUCUGCACCCAUACGGAGAUUAGAGUGGCAGAAACAAACCACAGACGGUCUUGCAGAGUACUGCACACUGAUAGACAGCACCUCGUCAUUCCGUGCGUACCGGGCAGCCCUGGCAGAGGCAGAACCACCCUGUAUACCUUACCUAGGGCUGAUCCUACAGGACAUCACGUUUGUUCACCUGGGCAACCCUGACAUGCUGGAGGAUGGGAUCAUCAACUUUGCCAAGCGUUGGCAGCAGUUUAACAUCUUGGACAAUGUGCGCAGGUUCAAACAAGUGCAUUACGACUUCAAGAGAAAUGAGAAGAUCCAGACAUUCUUCAACAACUUUGACGAGUACCUGUCGGAGGAGGCUCUGUGGCAGAUGUCGCUGGAGAUCAAACCUCGCGGCGUCCGCCGGAAACCCGAGCCAAAGGAGCCGCCCCCUGCAGAGUCCUCCAGUUGAAGCGUUCCUUGUUAAGAUCUUAUUUACGAACCAUUUCAUCUCAUAUUUAUUGUAUCAUCAACCACUUUGUAACUCCCACCGAAAAACACCCCUGUGUCUGGUAUGGAAGCAUCCAAAGAUGGCUGAUAUUUACCAGUGCUUUGGGAUGUAACACUAAAACACAGGGGUGUGCACGUGCUGCUGAUGUUUUUCUAAGGAUGAAUGUCAGUUCAGUAGAGUGCUAAAAUUGGAGUCAAGUGGACAAUGUCAUAUUGAGGCCAUUGCAAGAAGAGAACCACUUGAUAUGGCUAACUUCUUAUAAAGUCAUAUAUGAUGUACAGCAGGGAUAUGGUCUCCCAUUGCCUUUCUUAUCCUACAAAUAAGAAUUUGAAAGGCAAGCGGUUAGAAGGCCAAGAAAGAGAGAGAGAAAGAGAGAUACAGUGGCUGUUUCAUACAGGUCUUUGUAUGGAAAUUUAUUUGCACAGCCAGAGGCAACCUGUUUUGUGUACCUCAUGGCAAGUGAUCUGCAACCAAUCAAAUUGGAAAUGGUUGAGUUUGUUCCUCCUACCAUCCCUCUGACUCCUGAUUUCUUGCAAGGACCAGUGUAGGAGAGAAUGUGAAAGCUGGUUUGCUGGUUUCUUUGGUAGAGACCAUUAGUGGUGUGGUCACUUUUUCUGCUUCGAAAAUCAUCAACAAAACUGGCCUCUUUGGAAAGUUUUUAUAGUCUGAAAACUUGAGCAGGUGAGGGUCACUUGUCCUAAUAGUAAGAUUAUGUUAUUUUCUGAGGGCCAAAGUGUUAACAUUUGGGGCAUUACAAACAAAGGCCGCGUACGUCAAUGAAGGUUGGACAAAGGCCACAUGCUUUAUAUCAAAUCUGGUGUAUAUGUCAGUGUAGAGACUCCCCGACAUAUGUCUGGGUAGAGGCUCCAAUAUAUAUAUGUGUAUAUAUAUGUGUAAGCACUGGACCGACAUGCAGAAUUUGAACUACAAUGGGAGAUGUUCCUUUCUCUAUACAAACAUCUGUGUGGCAAGGAUUAUAAAAUGCUGGCAUUUGCUUCCUCACACUCUGAGAUUAAAUGUCUUGAUUUUGAUUGAAAGGAUGGCCUUUUAGGCAGGGCAGAUAGAAGAAAGGAAUAGUGUAAAUUGUUGUAAAUGAUUGUAAGUAAGCUGUGAUAUUCUUUGGGCAAGUGGAGUAGGCUCAAGAGUAACAGAAUAAACAAAAGAAACGAAAGGGAAACAGCCACAAUUUGAGACCUGGAGUUGAUACAGAAGCUGCUUUUCACAUGCAGCAGUGACAGAAUGAGUUUUUGAAGUAGGAACUUUAGAGAGUGCCAUGACAUUCUUUGUUGAAGAUGAGAGGACGUGAACAAAGAAGUAUACUUUGUCUUCCAUGUUGUAGAUAUCACUGUAGCUAGUGUGUGGAAAUGUUCAAGACAGGAAAAUCAAAGGACAGGAGAAGCAAACUUGAGACAAGAAACACUCUUCCAAGCAGGAGCACAGUCUUUGGGAACAAUACAAGUAGUACAUAAUGUUUCAGUGGAAGUUACUGGCUGCACUGUUUGUAGUUCUUUCAAGUGAUCUGAAAGAUCAAUUCUAAAGUGCAUAGUGCGAGUACAUGCAUUCAUAUUUUUAUGUGCAUGCACUGUGUACAGGAGAUUAACAAAGUUAGUCUAAACCUGCAUUAAAAGGAGUGUGCUCUUGCUAGUUCCCACGUGACCUUCUGGAAUACAUUGUGCUACCACAGUUGGCCAAUCACAUCUUGUGUUACAUCCCAGGUUAUCGUACAUGUAUUUCCAUAGGAACAGUUAGCUAAGGGAUGUUCCCUUCAAACAAUUAUCCUCUGGCUGUGAUAAAGGUAUUCUUAAGACUAGUUAACAAAUUUGGACACCAUAGCAAAUGGUAUUCAUAACACUUAUGCAAGUAAAGAUGUGUUACACAGUAUGUAGAAUAACUUGUUGCCAUUGCAUUAGGUAUGCAUCUGUACUGUCUGUGUGUACAUUCAUUUGUACUGUAGGUAAAGCCUUUAUGAACUGUGAAUCAAAAGUGUUCAUACAUGUAGAUAGCAGAGAACCUAUAGGCAGUGUAGAUAUCUUGACUGAGUGUAUUUGUUUUCUGUCACAGUGUCUUUCAUCCCAUGUAUCAUGGUUUGUAUGUUAUUGAAAGAUAGGGAAAAGUAAGCUUUAGAUAAGUUCUGAUAGCAGUUCUGUUCUACAGUGACAAAACAAUAUUUGAUAUGUGAUAUACGUCCAAACUACAGUCAAUCUUGCCACUUUUCUGUAGUCAAAAAAUGAAAUCAAAUCUAUGAGUUUUUACCUAAAUUUGGUGGGAGAUUUUCUGUUUAGAUUACAGACCAAAAGCAACUACCAGUACAAAGUCUAUUGGACAACAGUAUGAUAUAUUCAUGUGAAAUGAGAGACAAGAAAAGUAAUUUAUGUAAUUUAUGGGUAGAUACUUUCUAUAAAAUGGCUAAGGUGGCCAACAUUGUCAUAUAUGUAUCAUAUCUGUUUGCAACCACAGUUUUAUCUGUUUAGAUAGAAUAUAGCAUAGCAAUUCUUAAGCACUAAGUGCCAAAUUUCUUUCUAGAUUCCUUUAUGUUUCCUACAUUUUUUAUUGUUAUUAUAGAAUAUUACCCUCUAUUUUCAACAUUUGUGUAUUGCUCAUCCCUUGUUCUUGUGUAUAUAUUUCUGUUCUGUAAUGUUUUGUAAAUAAGGGAUUUCUAUGGACUCCCUGUAAAGAGAUAGGAUAUGAAAUUGUGUAAAAGCCAAACCACGCUGUGCUGACAUGUUUCGCCUUUUACGUCUACAGAAGGUGUUGCCUAAUGUUAUUUGUAAAUUUUACAAUAAAAGCCAUUCAUAAUGUUA